GAUUUAUCUCUAUCUCUACAUUGAUGUAUAAAUUGCUCUUAUCUUUCACAUUCAAUGCGACUCAUUAGAACACUCGAUUUUAUGUACAACUUUAUGAUUAAAAGGAUGUUUUCAUUUAGUACAAGUGUGAUCCUACUCUUCAGCUUUAAUCUAGUUUUCAGUUGCCCGGAUGGAUGGCUUUCACACCGAUCGUCAUGUUAUCACUUCAGCCAUGACAAAGAAGCUUGGGCAAAUGCUGUGUCACUAUGCCAAGUACUGGGAGGUCAUCUUGUUGAAAUAGAAGACGCCACAGAAAACAGUUAUCUUGUUUCCCAAGCAAAACUUUACAGCAAUUCAUAUUGGAUAGGACUUAAUGAUUUACAAGAAGAAGGCACGUGGGUUUGGGUAAACAGUAAUACGAUGGCUUCGUUUACAAACUGGACAAGAGGACAACCGGACAAUGACGUUAAAAAUGAAAACUGUGCUAUCAUUCAAAAAGGUUACAAUUAUUUAUGGAAUGAUGGGAAGUGUUACACCGCAUUGAACUAUAUAUGUGAGAAAACCGCGGAAAACGUCAACAUAGUCGGAUAGAAGAUUAUCGAUGAAAGUUCUUGUCACUUUUCUAACGGUGGAUUUUGUUCAAAUUUGGAGUAAUAUAAUAUAAAAUAUCA